CUCUCUUGCGUAGCGGAGCUACGCGCACGGCGCUGUCCUCUCCGCUCGUGGGCGUCCGCUUCCCGACUGCGCUGGGACCCAGGUCCCCCGGGGCGCGGGCCUGGCGACCAGAGGUGCUCGCGCGGACCCUGGGCGGAGACGCCGAGCCUGAGCCACGGGCGCGGAGCCGCGGGGGUGGAGCGGUGCGUCUUCGGGCUGGCGGAAGCCGGCGAGGCCUCGCUCCGCAGAAGGGGUCUGGCCAGAGGGGUCUGCCCGACCCCGACCUGAGCACCCCCUGCUGGCGUCUGCGGCCUAGCGACUGCUCCAGGGCGUGAGAACCCCGGUCUUGGCGUCAAGGGUCUGCGUCGUGAUGGCGCAGAGGAACGCGUCCCCCGCUCGGGGACCCACGGUGGAAAAGGUCCCGGGCCGUGUCUGUGCUGCAGACCGCCUGGCCCUCCCAGAACAUUGCUUUUCUCCAAGAGAGAAACCAGGAGGAGAAGGAAAAAUGACUGUGGAACUAGUGAAAACCCAGCUUCAGAACAUGGUGACGUUCCAAGAAGUGGCAGGAGACUUCUCCCAGGAGGAGUGGGUGUGGCUGAGUUCUGCUCAUGCCGCCUACCGCAGCGUGAUGCUGGAAAACUGUGGGAGCCUGGUGUCGCGGGGGCUUUGCAUUUCUAAGCCACAUGUGAUUUCCUUACUGGAGCAAGGGAAAGGGCCUUGGGAAGGGAAGUGCGGUGAGAUGAGGAGAAGCCCCUUACCAGAGGUGGAACGUGAGACACAGCGACUAUCCCUGACACAGUCUUUGUGUGAUGAUGUGUUAGUGGAGAGAACGACACACUUUGGACUUGAGUGUUCCACUUUCGUUGAAAGUUGGAAAUGUGAAGACCUUGUUGAGAGGCAGAGUCAAGAGACAUUUAGCAGGAAAGAGUCAGCUCCUCAUAAAGAAGCCCUCGCUGAGGAAAUAGGCUACACAUGUACCAAAUCUGUGAAACUCGGCCAUCUGGACAAUGAAGAGAGUGUUUAUGAUCAUACAUCUGAUAUAAAAAGCUUCUCCAAACGCUCCGUAGUACUACAACACAAGAAAGUUCAUGCAGGAAGGAAAAUUUUUAAAUGUAACGAAUGUGAGAAAACCUUCACCCAUAGUUCGUCUGUGACUGUUCAUCAGAGAAUUCACACGGAUGAAAAACCAUAUGAAUGUAUAGAACGUGGAAAGGCCUUCAAGCAGAGUCAUCACCUUGCUCAGCACCACAGAACUCACACCCAGGAGAAACUCUUUGAAUGUAAGGAGUGUAGGAAGGCCUUCAGCCAGAAUGCAAACCUUAUUAUACAUCAGAGGAUUCAUACGGGAGAGAAACCAUACAAGUGUAAGGAGUGCAGAAAAGCCUUCAGGCAGCCGUCACACCUGGCGCAGCACCGGAGGAUUCACACCGGAGAGAAACCUUACGAGUGUAAGAAGUGUGGAAAAGCCUUCCAGGAUAGUUCAUCUUUUGCUCAGCAUCAGAGAUGUCACACUGGCAAGCGACCCUACAAGUGUGUGGAGUGUGGGAAAGCCUUCAGGGACAACAUGUCUCUCACUCGGCACUUCAGGCGUUACCAUACUGGAGAGAAACCUUUUGAUUGCACUGAGUGUGGGAAAGCCUUCAGUGUUCACAUAGGACUUACUCUGCACAGGAGAAUUCACACUGGAGAGAAGCCUUACAGAUGCAAGGUGUGUGGGAAACCUUUUCGUAGUGGGUCAUCACUGACCGUGCAUCAGAGAAUUCACACAGGAGAGAAGCCUUACGAAUGUCAUGUUUGUGGGAAAGCCUUCAGCCAUCGUAUGUCACUCACUGGACAUGAGAGAGUCCAUUCUGGAGAGAAACCUUACGAAUGUAAGAAAUGUGGGAAAGCCUUUAGGCAGAGCGUACAUCUUGCUAUUCAUUUGAGAAUUCAUGCUGGAGAAAAGCCCUAUGAAUGUAAGGAAUGUGGAAAAGCUUUUAGAGAAAGUUCACAGCUGCGUACUCAUCAGAGGAUUCAUAUAGGAGAGAAGCCUUUUGAAUGUAGGCAAUGUGGCAAAGCUUUCAAACGGAGGGUGUAUCUUGCCAGACAUGAGAAAAUUCAUACAGGAGAGAAGCCUUAUGAGUGCGCCAAAUGUGGUAAAGCUUUUCACUAUACUGCCUACCUUAUAAGACAUGAGAGAGUUCACACUGGGGAGAAGCCCUAUAACUGUACUGAAUGUGGAAAGGCCUUUGGCGAUGGCUCGGCCCAUGCAAAGCACCAGAGGCUUCACACGGGCCACAGGCCCUACGUCUGUGUUAAAUGUGGGAAGGCAUUCAGAACAAAGCUGUUCUUUAACUGUCACCAGAGAUGUCACGUUGGAAAGAAGCAUUGAAGGUGUGCAUGUGGCAAAGCCUUCAGCUGUUGUCAGUUGCAUGCUGUUCUUCAGAGAAGUCAGUCUGAAGGAAAAAGUGCAAGGAGCAGGGAGGGCCUCAGUCAGGUUGGACCCCUUCACCUGCAUGGAAGAACUCACACUGGAGCGCUUACGAACCUGAGGAGCGUGGGCAGCCUGCUGACGCGUGUGUUUGCUCAUCCUUGGUGAGUCCUGGAGCUACCUGGGCACCAGCCUCCGUGUGUCCCACGGCACCGAGUACUGCAGAUGUAUCUGCUAGGUGUUUGGAAUGCAUCCCCUUCUGGUUCCCAUUGGCCUAGUUGAAAUACAGUGACUUCACCAGGACUGUCCAGUCAUCCGUGACUGAUCUGCACUUGAGUUCAUCUCCUUCAGUUUCAUUCUUCACUUUACAGUAUAGUGUAAAUGUAAAUGUCAUCUUUCAUUCUCUUUUUAAAACCCAUUGUUAUGAAAUUUUAAGUUGUUGGAUAUAAAGUGCUUAGCAUCAUGACUGACUUUUAAUUUAGUAUCUUUAAUAUGGAGAACACUUUUCUGGUGAUUUGGUGAAAAAUAGAGCCCAGUCUGCUAGAUAGGAGAGCUACUUUUAAGUUCCUGCUUUGCACCAGCUUGAGCUGUUUGGGCAUGUUAUAAAAUAGUCAAUGCUGAAGGUGACUGAGAGCUAAACUUCACUGACAAUGCCAACACAGCGUGAAGUUACAGAAAUUCACUACCUGCAAUGUGUUAGAUCAGUGUUCUUCAGGAAAAUUAUUUUAAAACAGAAAACUCUGCAAAGCAGUGUUAGUAUUUGUACUAGGUGACCAUAACAAUUUUGAAACUCUUGAGAGAUCAGAUGAGAUCAGGUGUAUUCAGGGUGGUAUAACUGCAGACACAAUUUUGAAACUCUAGUUGUUCAGAUGGGUGAUGAUUGACAUGUGGAUUAGGUACGUUCGACAUAACAAUUAGGGCUCUCAUGACUCUAAGGCUGUGUUUCCUUGUUGAUAAAGAAGUAUGACUGACACAUGGAACAUGUUUUAGCAGCUCGAGUUCUGGAUAGGCUGGAUAGUUCUGGAUAGGCUGGCAUUUGUUGGGGGGAAACAUAUGCAGCAGUAUAUUUAGUCAGGGCAAAAAUUAAACAUUACUAAUGUUUAAUUGAAGAAGGAGAGAACCUGAGUAGUCCAGCCCUAUUUUAAGACCUGAAUCCUAAGAUUUUAAACUUCCAAGGAACCACAAAGCUGUUUAGAAUAUAGAAAAAAGGUUGGAAACGUUCCACCUCUUUCAUGAGGUUAAGCCAACUCAUGUUACCAAGUCAAGGGAAAAAAUGAAAUUACA